GGAGCAGUUCAGAACGCAGAAUCCUUCUGGAAAGGCGUAUUGACAAGGAUAUUUGGUUCAGCUCAAAGAACGCCAACAGCAACGAAGGCUGGAAAAAAAUCGCGAAUGAGCUGAAGGAUCGCCUGGACGGUAAAAGUGCUGAAGCAUGUAAAGCACAAUGGAAUGCGUUGAUGAAAAAAUAUAAAAGCUUUUUCAAAUACCGCUCGGGCGAUGGCACAGGUGAAGAGGCGACUGCUGAAGAGGCGAAAGAUUGGGAGUUUUUUGACUGCAUCCACUCAUAUGCUUCCAAGAAAGAUAAUUUUCACCCUCCAUUUUUAAUUGAUAGCGGCGAAG